AAGAAAAAAAGCUGAAGAAAAAUGGGAAAGGGAAAAGAUGUGAUUUUCGUUCGUUCUUGAUCCCUCACAUGUGCGGGUCACAUGUGUGUCAGACUUGGCCAAUGAAAAGAGGGAGAAGGGCGGUGAGCAAGCAAGGAAAGACGCGUGACAUCAGACCAGAGAUGAAGAAAUUUCAUAUUUCGAGGGAACGGGAAAAGACUGUUGCGAGUCAACUGCUCAUUGAUGAAGACGUCAUCGUUGUGAACGGCUGGCAAAGUGCCUAUUCCAAAGUUUAUAGGAUGGCAGCGCACGACAAGGAACAGCCGAUAAGACAGAGAUAUCAAGCAAAUGCUCGGGAAAGGGAUCGCACUCAUAGCGUGAAUACAGCUUUUAGCACACUGAGAACCCUUAUUCCAACCGAGCCGGCUAACCGGAAGCUGUCAAAAAUAGAGACCUUGAAGUUAGCCAGCAGUUACAUUAGUCAUUUGGAUGCUAUACUUAUCGCAGGUGUUGCGGAUCAACCUUGUUCGCGUCUUCUAGAGAACGGUAAUGUUUGUACAACAAGGCCACAAGUUUGCACUUUUUGUUUGGCUACGCACAAAAAAUAUGUAAGUUGUAGUUGAAACUAUAUAUACUCUCUCUCUUUCCCCGAUAUAUAUAUAUAUAUAUUACUGUGUAUAUUUCCUGAAACUUUCUUUUGCUAAAAAACAAUCCUGUAUUUUAAUAACAACAGGCAUAUAUACUCGUGUGUAUGCCCGUAUUUGUAAUUAUAACUGCGUAUAUAAAUGGCUUUAGCGUACAUUAAAAAAUAAAUAAUUGUACGUUUUUGUAUUUUUAAGGUGAUAUAUGCGUUAAAACUUCUGCGCACUUUUAUCAGUGUCAAAGUUAGUUAUACAUACCUUGUUUUAGUUAAUAAUAUCACAAUUUUGGAAUUUUAAUAAUUCUAAUUUUUUACAAGAAAUUCUGAAUUAUAAGUAAUAAAAUAACGUUUUUGUCCCAACAACUGCGACAUAAACAUUUGUUUGUAAAUAUUCUAAUAUAUUCUUAAUUUUUUAAAUUAGAAUUAGCAUGUAUAUAACAAAUAGUGUAUAU